UAAAUUUAACCAAGACUCAUGAAUACAAUCGCUAUCGUCGGAAUCUGUAUAGCCGCAGCCACCAUUGCUGUACUAGCAGUCUUAAUGAUCUGGUGCCUAUUCCUGAAGAGAGAUAGGGGGGGAGAACAAGAAGAAGAGAAUGAAGAUGAUAUUGAGCAAGGAAGGAAUAGGGAAAGAGAAGAAAGGAUAGGAGAAGGAAAAGGAAUCAGAAAUAGAGGACUAGAUUGUUUUAUGAAUGCUCCUUUGCAGUGUUUUGUGGGAAUGGAUGAUUUUUGAGACAGGAUUAAGGAUGAGGAGGGGAUUAAUGUCGAUAAUGAUGAAGCGGAAUCUGAUGAUGAAUUGAAUGGAAAAAGUGGAGUGUUGGAGAAAUUUAAAAGGUUUAUCGAGAUAUAUAAAAAAGAUGAUAAUUGAAAUAUGGUGGAUUGUGAAUUUUUAAGAGAAGCCUUCGAAGCUGAAUUCCCCAGCUCGGAACAACAUGAUACAAGACAGUUUAUUAUGGAACUUUUCGAAGCUAUUCAGUCUGAACAAAAUAUUUCAAAUCAACCUUUUAUUUCAAGUGGCCACAAGGAUCAUAAAGAUGCUUGGGAAGAAUACACCAAAAAUAAUACAUCGAUAAUUGAUGAUUUCUUUAUUGGAAUGUAUGAGACUAAGUUCCAAUGUGAAUGUAAAGAAAUUGAAACAGUUUAUGAGCAAUUCAACCAUAUUUCAUUGCCAAUCACUAUAAAGAAUUCGCUUGAAACUUUCAAUUUGUGGUUAAAAAAUUGCAAGAAAAAUACAUAUUCUGAGUUUAAAUGUAAGAAAUGAAACAGUUUCAAAAAAUUUGAAAUUGUAAAACAAAUAACCAAGUUUCCUCAAUAUUUGAUCCUUGCUUUUGAAAGAUUAGAUACUCAUAAAAAUGUUAAACUUGACGGUAUCAUUAAUUUCCCUUUAAAUUUCACAAUGCCAGAUCCUGACAAUAAUGAAAACAACAAGCAAACCAUUGAAUACGAUCUAAACAGUAUCAUCAAUCAUUCCGGCUUUAUCCACCAAGGACACUAUACCGCCAAAAGCUUGCGCAACGAUCAAUGGCUCAAUUUCAACGACUCUCUCUAUGAACCUCUCCUAGGCCCUCCCAUAAACGACCCAAAGGCAUACAUUCUAUUCUACAAAAAGAAAGUUUCCUCCUAA